GUCAUGCCAGCCUUUUAGGUUGCUUCAUCUCGCUCAUGGAGGCAACUUAAAGUGAAGUUUUUUAAAAGAAGGUGCACUCAGCAGACAGGAGCGACUUCUGACAGCCUCACCUGACCCUUCAAGACUCUUCAGUAAGCCCCCGUCCAUAGAAACAAAAUGGCAGAUCCAUGGCAGAACGCAUAUGAUGUUGCUGUUGAUGUGGCAAGAGCAGCUGGGGCCGUCAUCAGGAAAGCUGGAGAAUGUGAGAUUAAGGUCUGCACAAAGAGCUCCACUGUAGACCUCGUCACCAAGACCGAUGAGAGGGUGGAGAAAAUCAUCAUCGGUGCUCUUAAAGAAGAAUUUGGAGACGGCUCACACUGUUUCAUUGGAGAGGAGUCAGUCGCAAAGGGGGAAGCGUGUAUCUUGACUGACAAACCUACAUGGAUCAUCGACCCUGUGGAUGGCACCACAAACUUUGUCCAUGGAUUCCCCUUCGUGGCUGUAUCCAUUGCCUUUGCUGUCAAUAAGGAGUUGGAGUUUGGCGUGAUAUACAGCUGCUUGGAAGACAAAAUGUAUAAAGCGAGGAGGGGAAAGGGAGCCUUCUGUGAUGAUGAACCCAUUUCAGUGUCUGAUGUAAAAGAUAUCAAUAAGUCCAUUAUCAUCUCUGAACAUGGAACUGACAGGAGCCCAGAGAAAGUAAAGAAGAUCUUCUCCACCAUGCAGAAGAUCCUCUGCAUCCCAGUGCACGGCCUCCGUGGGUCAGGAACAGCUGCCACCAACAUGUGCUUGGUUGCCUGCGGGGCGGUGGAAGCCUUCUUUGAGAUCGGAAUCCACUGCUGGGACAUCGCUGCCGGAGCGGUCAUUGUCAGAGAAGCUGGAGGACUUCUUCUGGAUGUUGAUGGGGGACCAUUCGACUUGAUGUCUCGAAGGAUGGUUUCUGCAAACAAUGACACGAUUGCAAAGCGGAUCAUCCAGGAAAUUGAGAUAUUCCCAGCGGAGAGGGAUGACGCGGUUCCACAGAAGAAGUAACCAAAUUCUUUGAAAAUGAGGACAAGCUAAAAGUCCCCUCAGUCUCUGUAUGUUGUUAAUAAAGUUAUUGUGCUGUUA